AUGAUGUCUGAUCACUUGGACCUGAGUGACGCCGGUGCCGUCCUGACCCCCCAUGAGGUGGAGAUCCACAGGGAGGAGGACGCCCAGUGCCACCUGCUCUUCAGGCAGCAGCUGAUCGACCACCUGUCCUACGAAGACGUGAAGAAAUGUUACCGAGGAUCAACUGUCAGUAAAUACAACUCUCAGUACCACAAACUGUUCCAGACCGUUCCACCCGAGGAGAUCCUGAUGAAAGUGUAUUCCUGCGCGCUGCUGCGAGACAUCCUGCUGCAGGGCCGGCUCUACAUCUCCAGGAACUGGCUCUGCUUCUACGCUAACCUCUUCGGGAAAGACAUCAAGGUGUGUAUCCCCGUGGUCUCGGUGCGCCUGGUGAAGAAGCACAAGACGGCCGGCCUGGUGCCCAACGGCCUGGCCAUCACCAUGGAUACGGGCCAGAAGUACGUCUUCGUGUCCCUGCUGUCCAGAGACAGUGUGUAUGACGUCCUGAGGAGGAUCUGCACUCACCUGCAGGUGAACGGGAAGAGUCUGAGCCUGAAGCAGCUGCUGGAGGAGCCCAGCUCUCUGUCCAUGGAUGAAUAUCCAGAGGUGUUGAAGUGGAGGAGGAAGCCCCCCCUCCCCCCCGUCUCCUCCUCCCUCCCAGACCUGCUGGGAAACUCCGCCCCCAGCCUCGCCGCUGACCAGCCCUUCAGCACACACACACUCACCGACGGCGGUUUGGAGUCAGAGAAGGUUCUCCUGGCGGAGCCGGUGAAUGAGAUCAGCCAGCUGGAGCUGCAGCUGCUGAAGGUCUUCGUUCUGCUGGUUCUCCUCCUGGUCCUGUUGUCCUGCUAUCUGGCCUUCAGAGUGUGUCGUCUGGAGCAGCAGCUCAGCCUCCUGACCAGCCAGCCCCCCCUGAGCGAGAGAUGUGGAGAGAUGCCCUGCUGGCUGGCCAACCUGAAGACCGGAACCUGA